GUCAUCUGGCAGAACAGUGGACACCGAGUCACCAAGCUCGACAGCGGGCACCGAGUCAACUGGCACGACAGCAGGCACCGGGUCAACUGGCACGACAGUGGGCACCGGAUCAACUGGCAGAACAGCGGGCACCGAGUCACCAAGCUCGACAGCAAGCACCGAGUCAACUGGCACGACAGCGGGCACCGGGUCAACUGGCACGACAGCGGGCUCCGAAUCAACUGGCACGACAGCGGGCUCCGAGUCAUCUGGCAGAACAGUGGUCACCGAGUCACCAAGCUUGACAGCGGGCACCAAGUCAACUGGCACGACGGCGGGCACCAGGUCAUCAGGCUGGAUCGGGCAUCAGGGUAUCAGGCUGAAUUGCGGGCGCCGGGGCACCAGGCUGAACCACGG